AUGUCGAGCAGGGCUAGGCUCGCAGGCGCCUUGGGAGUUGCAGAUCUUUUGGAAGCAGAUCUUCGCAAGCCACUGCCUUCGCCCAAACGGGACAACGCGCAAGGAUCUGGAUAUGCUGUAUCACCCAAAGUUGAUAGCGUGCAAGGAUGCGCAGCUGGAUAUGGGGCUUCGCUUGCACCUGCAGUGUCCACGACCAAGGGCCCAGGUGCUUCGUCGGAUAUGGAGUCCAAGUCUGCAGCAUCGCGGCGGGCAAAGAGCACAGGCCAGGUCUUGGACGAGACACACGUGUCGCCACAGCUAGUUGCGUCAGCACCGUCCAAAGGCGAUGGUACUGCGGUGGGUGCACCAUCGCAUGCAGUGCACGUCGUUUCUGGCGGUGAAGAUCCGGUAGGGAGAGGGGAAAUGCCUCACCCCACCGUGCCGAAGAAUUUGGCACAAGGCGAAACCGAGCCACGAAGCAUCGAUGGUGAUAUAAAGCAACCGGCAGCUGCAGGGUAUCCGAGAAAAUCAAGCAAUGCCGGCCUUGCCAAAGCCAUGCCGGUGUCUGCAGGAGCACCUGCUUCAGCACCAGUUCCAACUGAAGGUCUGGCUACCCCAAGUGCGCAUUGCACGAUUUCAGAGGGGGGUGCAUCUGAGAUACGGACAAAAGUAUUCCGGAUAGGCGCACCGCUUCUUCGCAGCACCAUUCCUGUCACGGUGGGUGGCAGGAGAGAGAGCAGACACCUCGGCGUUGCACCGUCCACCACGGAGAAAGCGGAUGGCAGCGAUGUGGAAACUAUUCUGUCGCUCUCUGAAGGGGAGUGUGAGGAGGAAGCACAGCUGUCGGUCACUUUGGACUUCCCCUGCUGA